CACUGAUAAGAGCAAACACAGUGGCAAUCUCAGAGCCAGCUCAAUCUCGGCUUCUUCUUUCCUCACGUGCUUCAGAGAACAUUAAAGGAAAGAGAUAUUGUUUUUAUUUUAAUGGAGAUCACCAAAGAGAGAAGUAUGCCAUGGUGGUGAAAGUGAACUGAAAAAGUGAAGAGCAGGAAAGUCUUCUAAAUGUUAUGGUCUCCUGUGUAAAUAAGGAAAGAACUUAAAGAACUUAGGAAAAAUCAUUCAUCCGGCCGGAUUUGGAAUUACGGUGCCAUGAAGAUCUCUGAAGGAACGCUGGACCUGGGCACGACGGAUUACGCGGUGGCCCUGGACCCAAGCUACACCAUGCUGGAGUUUGACAGCCUCAAAGUUCUGCCAGUGGACACAGAGUCUCUGAGGCCCGAGCCGUCCCCCAUACCCACAGGUGGGUUGCCCCAAGCUGCGGUGACGCUGUGCUCCAUCUGUGCAGACAAAGCCACCGGAAAACACUACGGCGCGUCUAGCUGCGACGGCUGCAAGGGCUUCUUUAGGAGGAGCGUGCGCAAGAACCACGCCUACACGUGCAGGUUCAGCAGGCAGUGUGUGGUGGACAAGGACAAGAGGAAUCAGUGUCGAUACUGCAGACUACGGAAGUGCUUCAGGGCUGGCAUGAGGAAAGAAGCUGUCCAGAACGAGCGAGACAGGAUCAGCUGCCGGAGGGAAGCUCAGGGAGUCGGGACACUGACCAUCAGCAUCCUACUGAAAGCUGAAGAGAGCACACAUCAGUUCUCCGCCCUGACCCCGCCCAUUAGGGAAGUUAUCACCAAGAAGAUCGCUCAACCAGCUGAUGUUUGCGAAUCUAUAAAACAGCAGCUCCUCCUCCUGGUGGAAUGGGCCAAACGCAUCCCCGAGUUCUGCGAGCUGCCGGUGGAUGACAGGGUCAACUUAUUGCGAGCUCACUCUGCUGAGCACCUCAUCCUGGGCGUGGCUCGCCGCUCGCUUCCCUACAAUGAUGUCAUCUUGCUAGGAAAUGACUUCAUCAUCCCCAUGAACGGUCCAGAACUGGAGAUGUCCAAAGUGGCUGCACGUGUCCUAGAAGAGCUGGUCAGGCCUCUGAGAGAGCUGGACAUAACAGACACGGAGUUCGCCUGCCUCAGAGCCAUCGUGUUCUUCGCUCCAGACUGCCCGGGCCUGGAGAGCGCUCAGAUGGUGCGCAGGCUGCGUUUUCAGGCCCACGUGUUGCUGGAUGAGGCGACGUGCGAGCAACGCGGCCGGUUUGGGGAACUACUCCUGCUGCUGCCUCCACUGCAGAGCACCGCCUGGCACAUGGUGGAGCAGCUCCAGCUCGCUCGGCUCCUGGGAGAAGCCAGCAUGGACAGCCUGCUGCAGGAGAUGCUGCUUGGAGAGUCAGCCUCAGGCUCAAACCCAGAAGUGCUCGGGUUCAGUUCUCCUGUAGACCCGGUUCUGCCACGGAACCUGCACCCAGAACACGUGGCACUGCCAAACUUCACCUCCGUCAUCCUCCCUGUACCGUCCUCUCUAGCUGGAGUUCCUCUACUUGCUGUCCAGCCUGGUGCUCAGCUCUACACACACACACCUUCUGCAGAAAUGCCACUAGAGAUAGACAGCUGUCUCAGCAAGCCGGCAGUCCACACAUGUCUCUGAACACACACACACACACUACUACUACUUGCUAAUGCCCAUGUGUACUACAAUGCAUCUUAGUGCUCUAUGUUCCCUUUUAUACCAAAACCAUGAAAAACACUCAUUUCUAAUUAGCUUCUGUUCAGCAAGCGUAGCCAAAAACAUUCACAGUUGCUAACAACAUCAGCGCCCUUUUUAAA